AUGGCGACCACGCGCCAAGACCCAGGACCAAGCAGAACUAAACGAGCGCCGAGCAAGCAUCCUCCGAGCUCGGAGACGCGAGGAGAGACGGAGGCGGCGGAGGGCGGCCUGCAGGGCGGCGAGCUCCCCGCCUCCGGAGCAGCGGGGCAGGUAAGCGGGGCAGAGCCGGCUCCCCGGGGGGAGCAGCCGCUGGCCCGGGGAGCUCACGAGUUCCGCAGGGCGCAGCGGCCCCCUCCCUCCCGCUGCCUGCCCCCUCCGCCCCCUCCCUCCCGCUGCCUGCCCCCCCCUCCCCCUCCCGGGGGCCGGUCCUGGGAAGCCCAGUCCCCCCCCCCCACCCUCGGGGCAGCCGCCCUGCUCGCCGCCCUGCUGGUGCUGCAGAGGAGACCCUGGGAAGGGGGAGGGCUUCGGGCCGGCCCGGAGGAGGAGGAGGAGAGGGAGGAGGCGGGGGAGGGGCAGCCAGAGGGGGGUUUCUUCCCCCUUCUCCUGCGGCCUUCACCCGCUCCGCGCCGCGCACAGGAGGCCAGGACCUCCCAUCCCCCAUCCCGCCCCUGGCUUCCGGAGCAGCCCCCUAAGCCACGCAGCAAGCACGGUGUGACACACCGGGCCGGCACUCGGCCGCUGCCCUGGUGUAAGCAAGGCUACGGAAGCGCCAAACAUCACCAGGAGUUGACCGAUUUCUCCGCCAGGGGGCAACACGUCCAAUCCCCCAGCCCUCCUGUCUAUCCAGCCCGGGUCUCCCACAUGCUGCAGUCCUCCCCCUGCCCACCAGAGGGCCCUAAAUGCCGGUCCUGCGGCUCCCCAGGCGGAGGUUUCCUAGCAACUAGAAGCCAUCUCCAUCCUGCUCAUUCCUUCUCCAUCUGGCCAGUGGGGGGCCCUUGUCCGCCCUCUCCUGGGGGCCGCGCGCCCUCUCGCCCUCUCGGCGGGGCAGAGCUCCCCAGGAUCCGCCCCGAUUCUGCCUGGGAUCCAUGA